UCAACGAAUGAAUUGAUUAAUGAAGAAUUGGGAAUAGCCUAUCCAAUCAUUGAUGGGAUUCCUAACAUGAUUCCACAGGCAGCAAGGAUGACACAUCAAAAUAAGAAGCCAGAAGAAACAAAGCAGCAGUAGAAGAACAUUCUUACAAGCCACAGCGGCCACAUGCUCUUGAACAGCAUAUCCCUUUUGAAACCUGGUGGCAGGUAGUCAGUGGGAGGAGACAAUGUUCCUUUCUCUUCCUACGCUCACCGUCCUCAUCCCGCUGAUUUCUCUGGCAGGACUUUUCUACUCGGCCUCUGUGGAGGAAGACUUCCCGCAGGGCUGCACCAGCACGAGCAGCCUCUGCUUCUACAGCCUGCUCCUGCCCAUUACUAUCCCAGUGUACGUGUUCUUCCACCUUUGGACCUGGAUGGGAAUUAAACUCUUCAGGCACAACUAGGGCCACCAGAGCCAUGCUGCGUUCUGGGUGCUCGUCUCUGAACGUUCAGCUAGGUGCAAAUGCUGGAGACCCAUUUCCUCGGCAGCCAAGCUGCUUCUCCCUUCUCAGGAAGGAGCCUGCCAGAGACUACAGCUGCGGAAGCUGCUUCCAUGGUCCUAGAGCUGAGGGCCGUAACUGGUGUCAGAAGGAGCAUCUCCCCUUGCCAUCGUCUCCCAUCUCCUGAUCGGUUCUCCCUGCAUUUAUCUGAAAGUCAUUUGUAAUUUUGUUUGUUUAGCUUCUGGGUUGCUGGGAAAGUCACAUGGUAGGCAUGACUGAAAUAAUCCCAAAGGACCUGUGUUGGUUGUAGAAAAAGGCAUUUGAACUAAAACUGUGUAAUGGAAAUUUCAUGUACUGAACAAAAAUUCUGAGCUUGUAAAUCUUUUUGGUACCAAAUGCUUAUAUAAUUACUAAUAAAAUAAGAUGCUAAUUUACCAUUAAA